AUGCGCCCGCAUCUUCGCCCCAUCCGCCCGCAUCUUUCCCCUAUCCGCCCGCAUCUUCCCCCCAUCCGCCCGCAUCUUUCCCCCAUCCGCCCGCGUCUCCCCCCUAUCCGCCUGCGCAGCCCUCCCGCGUAUUACUACCGGCCUGGGUACGGACUUGGAGCGAACAAAUGGCUUAUAUACCUUAUGGGCGGUCGCUGGUGCCUCUCCCCCAGUCAGUGCCGCCUACGGGCCGACACAGAGCUGGGGUCGACCAAGGGUUGGCCCAGGCCGGGGGAUUCGGGCUUUGAAAGCAACCUUGACAGCAUGGGAGCGGGGUUUCAGGGCAUGCUGAGCGGCGAUUCGUCGAAAAAUCCCUACUUCUAUUCCUGGAACAUGGUGGUUGUGCUGUACUGCGACGGGGGUGUUUUCGCCGGGGUGAAGGGAAAAGCCCUGUACGACCACUCUCAACCGUACUAUCUCUCCGGACGACCGAUUUUGAACUCGAUUCUGGGAGAUCUCAACAACAAGGGUCUGAAGCAAGCGAAUUCCGUCCUCCUUACAGGCUGCUCCGCUGGCGCUAUAGCGGUGUCGAUGGCGUGUGAUGCCAUGGCUCAGUUCCACUUCCCUCGUACCGCCAAAGUCAAAUGCCUCAUGGACGCUGGCUUCUUCAUGGACACCCUGGACAUCACCGGGCAGUACAGCUUUCGAGGCAUUGUGCAGCGAAUGUUUCGAUUCCAUUCCAUGACUGCCGCUGCUGACGAUGAUUGUCGCACGGUCUUGUUCAUCCUUCAUCUCACUCCUUUCCCUUUUCCUCUCUUCAUUCCCUCUCUCUCUUCCAUUAAAUCCUUCCCUCCCCAGUUUUGA